GUCGGGUUACAGAGAGAGAAGAAUUGAAACAGUUUGAAGGAGAAGGAUUCGAUUGUUGGAGAAGCAAGAGAGUUCAACAAUCAACAAUGAGUUUCGAUCUGUUUAUUCAUGCUGGAGGAUAUUGGUCUACUGAUGACCAAUAUCUUGGAGGAGAGCCACACUCAGUCGGUUUGGUAUCAGGUGAAACAUUCAAGCUCAGUUCGGUUCAGAUGCUUCUAGUGGAGCACCUCGGAUAUGAAGACAACAUGAAGAGAGUGUCUUGGUUUCCACCAGAAACGCCUGAUGAAAAAGAAGAUCUUGAUAAUGAUGAUGUGUUAAAGAGAGUGGUUCAUUACGCAAUUGGAUCAGGUGCAUUAACCUUAUAUGCUGUCCGGGAAGAUGAUCCCUACAUAGGUAGGCACAUUGAUAGUAAUGCGAUUAGGUACUUGUCAGAAGAUGACAAUGAGAGAGUAUUGGCUGAUGGUGAAGAUGUUGGUGGUAGUGGGUCUGAGUCAGAUUCUGGUGGUGAUGAGAACCAGUUUGAAGAUCUGGUUCAUAGCAGUAGUGAUGAUGACAAUCCACAUGUGGAGGUAGAUGAAAGCAAGUAUCGCAAGUUUUGUAUUGGUGAUAAGUACAAUACCAUUGACUCCUUUAAGAGUGCUAUUAAUAGGUAUGCUGUGAAGAAGAGGAGGGACAUCAAGUAUGAGAAGUCAGACAGCAAACGUGUAGUUGCGAUAUGCUCUGGAAAGAAAUGCCCAUGGAGAAUUUCUGCAACUAUUAACAGUACCUGUAAUAGAGUAGUGAUCAGAUCUUUACAAGAGGAGCAUAAUUGCACUUGGCAAGGGAAAGUGUCGUUGCUUACUAACUCCCGCAUUGCUGACCUAUACAUCGAAGAGUUCAGACUGAAUCCUGAUUUCUCAGCAGAACAGUUGCAACAGAAGCUUCUUAGACGCAACAUCAAUGUGCCAUGGACAAUCUGUGAGAGGACUCGACUGAAAUGUCUUAAGACAUUUGACGAAGAGCAAGAGGAGUCUUUUGCAAGGCUAUUUGAUUAUGUUGCUGAGCUGAAGAGAAGCAAUAUAGGAUCCACAGUUGAAUGUGAGGUAAGGGAAACCAGGUUUCAUAGAUUUUAUGUGUGCUUUGCUGCUUUAAAAAAUGGGUGGAAGAGAGCAUGUAGAAAAAUUCUACAUCUAGAUGGAACAUUUUUAAAGUGGAGGAUGACGGGUAUGCUUUUAGUUGCAUGUGGAAGGGAUCCGAAUGAUCAAAUGUUCCCUGUAGCUUGGGGAAUUGUUGAUUGUGAGAAUACUCCUAACUGGUUAUGGUUCCUUGAACACUUGGUUGACGACUUGGGUUUAGAUUCAGGAAAUGGAUUAACUCUAGGUAGUGACCAACAGAAAGGGCUGAUUGCAGCAGUGAAGGUAGUGUUGCCGUUUGCUGAGCACAGGAUGUGUGCUAGGCAUGUAUAUUCAAACUGGAAGAAAAACUAUGCUGGAGCUGAUUAUGAGGACAUGUUCUGGGCUGCAGCAGAUUCUUACUAUCCACAGCAGUUUGAUAGAAAGAUGCAAGAGAUCAAAGAGUAUAAUGAGGCUGCUUAUAAUGCGUUGAAGAUUUCUGUUUUUUGUCCAUGGUCAAGGGCAUUUUUCACAGAGUUUUCUAAGUGUGCUGCAGUGGAAAAUAAUCUCGGAGAGUCAUUCAACGCAGCUAUCCGGGUAGUAAGAACCAAACCAAUUGUUGAGAUGCUGGAAGAAAUAAGGAAAAGGGUUAUGGUCAGCAAUGACAAGAAAAGGUCUGAAGCUGAGAAAACAAAAGGAGACUACACACCUAAAUCGAUAGCUUUGCUAGAUCAGCAGAUUGAUUUAGCCAAGAAUUGCAGACCUUUAAGCUGUGGAUUGGGAAAUUAUGAGGUUGGCUACUUUAAUUACAAGACUAAUAUGCGAAUUGAAGGCUUUGUGGUGCAGAUGCGAGGUGAUAUAAAGUGCAGUUGUAGAAUUUAUAUGAUCAGUGGGAUCCCCUGUAGCCACAUUGUGUCUUGUCUAAGGCAUGAGAAGAAUACUGAUCAAGACCCUAAGAAGAUGAUAUCUCCAUGGUUCACGACACAGAAAUUAAAGACAUGUUAUGCUGAUGGGCUUUGUGGUGUGAAUGGAAUGAAUUUAUGGGAGGUGACUACAAAUGUUAGAGUCAUGCCGCCUAAAUACAAGAGGCCAGGAGGAAGACCACCAGGGAAGAAGAGAAAGAGGGAGAAAGGUGAACCAAGGGAAGGGACCAAACUUUCUAAAAGAGGAACCAAAAUACAUUGUGGCACAUGUGGAAAAGAAGGGCAUAACAAGUCGAAUUGCAAGAAUGCACCAAUGCCUAAGCUGCCAAAGAAACCACCUGGUAGACCAAGGAAGAUACCUUCUGCGAAGACACCUUUUGCAUCUGCUCCAACUUCUGUCCCUGGUUCAUCUAGCCAACCAAUUGAAGAUCUGCCAAGAAUUUCAUCUGCUCCAACUUCUGUCCUUGGUUCAACAAGCCAACCUAUUGAAGAUCUACCAAGCCUUUCAUCUGCACUUCCAAAAAGACGUCGUGGAAGACCUCGUAAACAGCCUGAUGGUGCAUCAUCCUCACAACCAGCUCCUCAGAGACAAGAACCUGUGUAUGACACAGGGCCAAUGUAUCUACCAAGAGAAGGUUACGGUGUCUUCACCAGUCCAUUAACUGGUGACGACUACAUUCAUGUAGGCAGAUCUGUCACUGAUACACGAGACAACACGGUUCUACCAAGCAGUCUCUAUCGAGCCAGAGAACACAAAAAGAUGGCUAUUGCACGUGGGCGUGGGCGUGGAAAAACUAAAUGAGACUACUUAUGUUUUGUUGUUAUGGGAGAUACCUUAUGUCUGAUUUGUUUAGAUGUGUCUUGUUUUUGUUGGAUUUUAUGUUUUGUUGUUUGUUUUGGUUGUGGGAGAUACCUUAUGGGACAAACCUUAACAUUAACAUAAUGUGUGUUCUGUUUUGUUGGAUUUUAUCUAAGUGGUUUGUUUUUCAUGGUUUAAGAGUUUUUGUGUCGUUUUUUGCUCUAUAAAACAGCUAGAUGUCG